AGGUAACAAGAAGACAAUGAUGGAACCAUUUCCGGAGGGCAUUGAGUCAGAGGAGAUGCAAAGAUAGCAGGCAAAUGUUUGAUCAACAUAUUUUAAAAUAUGUCAUGAUUUGGUUAUUAUUGUACUUCCGCAUUACUCUGAAAAUAUUUUAAAUGGGUCGCGAUCUAGAGUCUGUAAAUUUAAUAUUUUUAAGUAAUUGUCAUUUUCAAAUGUCAAGCGAAAUUUUUAUUUAACUCUUGUUUCACCAUAAUUCGUAUAAUUCCGGGUUAUACGGAUUGGGGUGUUACAAAAAGAGUGACAAAACAUCAUCAUCAUUUUGUGCAUCAAGGCUAAGAAUCAAAGCUACAACAAGUUCAUAUCCGUCCAUGAAGAAGGGACUUGAGCAUCGGUGGAAGGAACGAGACCGAAGAGAAACUGCCAACCAAAGCUGAAAUUUGAGAGCAUAUAUGGAUUUUUACUCUUUAUUUGUUUUAAAGAAACACAUUUACUUUACUACUUUAUGGUUUAUUUGAAUAUUUAUUGGCAAGUAGUAAGCUAUGUCUAGACAAAGACUUUAAAUCGGGCGGAUUAUGGGAGGCAACCCACAUACUUUUCUUGCUCUUUAUUUAAUUUGUAUUAUUGUUUUCUUAUUAAUCUUUUGGUUUUGUUUGGUGGAAAUUUUAAAGUAAUUGGACAUUUUCGGACAUAAAUUCGGUUGGGUCCACAAAAUAAUUUUUCCAAAAUAAUUAUGGACAAUUAAUCUCGUAGUAGUGAUGGAGUUCGGAUUCGGCAUCAUGGGUUCCUCCGGCAACGGAAUGACUUCCGAAAUCCCGGUGGAAACCUCUUCGGUCGCCAUGGUUGUGCCGUCCUCACCACUACCCUUUGGGGCAAGUGUGGGGGCCGCGACCAUGACAUCGUUUUCAAUGCCGAGCUCGAUCUUCGGGUCGGCCCCUCGACCCAUUCCCGGGCUCGAAACCACGGGGGAUCACCCCGUCGCAAGAUCCCCCCAGCCCAAUGAAGCCAACGACCCCCUCGUGGCGAUGGUGAACCAAGCAUGGUACCACAACAACUAUCUCGCCAUCAACAUUAUCCUCGAGGGGUUGGGAGAUUCGUUGUACCCCGUCUACGCCGGUGCAAUGCUCGCCAAAGAGCUUUGGAAUAGCUUGAACAAAAAGUAUCAAGCUGAAGAUGCCGGCACGAAGAAGUUCAUCGUCGGGAAGAUGCUGGACUACAAGAUGGUCGACAACAAAUCUGUUGUUGCCCAGGCUGAGGAGCUUACGGUUAUCUUCAACAAAUGCAAUGAAGAGAAAGUAGGCGUCAGCGAGGCCUUCCACGUGGCGGCCAUCAUCCACAAACUUCCCCGGUCGUGGGAAGAUUUCCAAGCCGGCCUCAAGCUCAAAAGAACGGAGCUGAAUCUGGAGCAACUGUUCACGCGGUUGAGGAUCCGAGAGGAAGGGCUUGCUAGAAGAAAUGGAGGGGCUAAGGCGAAUGUUGUAGAACAUCCGUCGGGCUCUUCACAUGGCGGGAAGGACAAAAAGAAAAUGGGUCCUAAGGGUGGUGUUUCUAAAUUUCCAGGAAAGUGCUACAAUUGUGGCAUUACUGGGCAUCGUUCCUCCGAUUGUAGGAAAAAGAAGCCACAAAAGGGAAAGAAGAAAACCACUAAAGCCAUGUGUGCGGAGCUUGACAACUUGGACCUCUGUGCGGUUGUCACCGAGGUAAAUCUCUUCGGGUCAAACCCGAAGGAAUGGUUUGUGGACACAGGGGCCACACGCCAUAUUUGCUCAAACAGGAGCAUGUUUCACGACUUCCAGGAGACCUCCGGUGACAAGAAGGAUUUCGGGCUGAUCCUGUCUGACACUCUCGCAGAACCAGAUGCGUGUUCCACGACCAUAAUGGGCACACCCAUGAGAGCGGAAUGAUGCUUGGUUGAAACUUGUGUAUUGUAUAUCGUCGUUUACAUAAACGGCAGUACAGUUC